CUAGACCGUGAGAAGUAUUUCCGAGGUGUGCAGUGGGUGCAUGACUUGCUGACAGGUAUAGAUUUUGAGGCAGACCGGAUCCAAGUUGUGGCCAACAAGAUGGUCAAGGAUGUAGUCAAGAAGAAGCGAUCGGGAAUAAAGAUCACCGGAACACUCAUACGGAUACUUACCUUUCGGCCAGAAAGUAAUCAUACCACUGGCAGUAUGCUACGCCAGCAGACCUUCCUGUAUGACUUGCUACGACAGCUGAAGGCAGAUCCAACCAAGGUGAUAAAAAAGCUGACGGAGGUUAAGGAGUUUUUGACACGACCCGAGAAUGUGACUGUGCACAUGGCUGCAAACAUCGAAAAGCUGUCACUGCACGGUGAUCUGCGAGCACCUUGGAUAACCUGCCUAAACCGACAGCCAAAGCCUCCAUCUCCUAUAAAGAGUGCUGCGCAGGUGUCAUGCCAUAGCCUGCUGGUUCUUGGCAAUGAGUCGGGCCUUCCAAGGGAUGUGAUCACAUCUGUGGGCUCUGUAGAGUCUGCCUUCCUGACCCAGUGCUCACCCAGCCUCAGCUCUUAUACAAGUCCUGACCUGCCUCCAUUGUUGGUGCUCAUCCAGUAUCUCGUACAGUUGGAGGGUCCCAUGUGGCGGCAAAUCCGAGGCCAGGGCUUGUCAUAUAACUAUGACCUGCAAUUAAGACCCUGCGAUGGCCUGCUCUACUUUGUGCUGACCAAGUCGACACUGGUGGCAACCGCAUACCGUGAGGCAAUGCAGAUUGUACAGCGACACAUUGCAGGCGAGGAGGAGUGGGAUGAGGAGCUGCUGGAAGCAAGCCGCAGUAGCCUCAUGUUUGAAAUUAUUGAGAAGGAGAAGUACGUCAAUGAGGUUGCCCUCCAGUCCAUGCUGUCCUACCUCCGUGGCAUCGACAUGAGCUACACCAGGGCCCUGCUGGAGAAGGUGGCACAAGUGAAGCUACCAGACAUGGUUCGUGUAGGAAAACAGUACCUGUCUACACUUUUUGACCCAACUGUCUCCAAGCUGGCCAUUUGCUGCCACCCUUCCAAAGUUGACGAUACAGUUACUGCUUUCAAAGAGUUCCGGAGAAACCUCACAGUUAUUAGAUCUCUGGAUGAUAGCAUUUUUGCAAAGUAUUAAAAAUAUGGUCAUUCAUCUAAAAGUAGAAGCACAAAAGAGAUGCAGCACAAGCCCAAGGCUAAGGACAUAAGCAGGCCACAUGUUCAUUUCUAAGCUGUUAUCUAAGUUAUGGACUAUGCUUGUUUGUUGGUGUGCACCACACUUGUCAUCUGCACUGCUCUUUGUAAUAAAGCCUGUACAAUUGUU